AUGGAAUAUGCAAUAGAUUCGGGAUUCGAGCCGGUCGGGACUAAAUAUCGUUAUGAUCGUUUGAAGGAGGUGAAACGAGUCAUUUACAAACGAUGUUUCGAAGAGAGUCGCAAAUUCUUCGAUAUGUACGCCGAACACACUCGAGAAGCUCUCGACGAAGAGAUGAAGCAUCUUAUCUUCUGCCACCGAUUCUUAAUACCAUAUGAAGAGACAGAGAGGACCAGAAAUCGAUGGAAACGACACGACAAGAUAUUUGAAAUACAAGAAAAAAGCGCGGAUGGAGUGUGUUGCCGCAUAGAAUCACUUAUAAUCAAAAACCGAUAUUAUGAUUACUGGACAGAUCUGUUCCGCGCCAGACGAGAAAAUCGUGAAAUAAAGGAUUUCGACAUAGAUCCACGUCUAAUGAUUAUGUUAUGUCAAAGCAGGGAACGAGUUGGCAAAAGGAAUGCAGAACGUCAAGCAAAAUUGGACUCAUCUGAAAAAUUGGAGAGAAAUUUCAACUGCAAGAAUCCACAAAAAUUCUGGAAGACUUCUGUUCAGAAAGAAUCGGAUCAAAAGUCUCCAGCCGCUGUUGAACCAAUGAUGAAUUCAUCUAACAAUCUUGUCUUCCGUCCGAAAGUGGAAGGCACAAUAGCAGAAGAGGUCCAAAACCAAAGUGCUCAGAAAACGAUGGAUUCGGUCUGCUCUGAUGCUCAAAAUCUCAAUGAUGGAGCUCCGGAAAAGAAAAAUGAACAAACUGGCAAGGAAGGAAAGGCUCCGGCUCAAUCAAGUCAGCAAGGGUCAAGCAGUCAGAGCACUCCGAGGGCAGAAAGAGCGGAACGAUCCAGAAACUACACAUACAUGCAAAACCUGCAACGCCAAAGGGAGGAGGAGAAUGCACAGAAAAGUCUCGGUUUUUUUUUUGAUUUUUCUGAAUAUCUCGAUGGGCCCAAUGGACUCGAAGGACUGUUAGAACCACAUGAGUCCAAUUUUGCUUGA